CUGCAAUUAAAAGUACAACACGAAUCAAAAUCUUCCCCUUCUCUUCCGGUUAAAAAGCCAAGAUGGCCCGAGGUCCAAAAAAGCAUUUGAAACGUUUAAACGCGCCCAAAGCAUGGAUGUUGGACAAAUUGGGGGGUGUGUUUGCCCCUCGUCCAUCCACUGGGCCCCAUAAACUUAGAGAAUCCCUACCAUUAGUUAUUUUUCUCCGUAACAGGUUGAAGUAUGCUCUUACGAAUAGUGAAGUUACUAAGAUUGUUAUGCAAAGAUUAAUCAAAGUUGACGGAAAAGUGAGGACUGAUCCAAAUUACCCGGCUGGUUUUAUGGAUGUUAUCACCAUUGAAAAAACUGGUGAAUUCUUCCGUCUUAUUUAUGAUGUAAAAGGAAGGUUUGCAAUUCAUCGUAUUACAGCUGAGGAAGCCAAGUACAAACUCUGUAAAGUCAAGAGGGUCCAAACUGGCCCAAAAAAUAUUCCAUUCUUGGUUACACACGACGGACGUACCAUUCGUUACCCCGACCCCAACAUAAAAGUUAACGACACAAUCCAGUUGGAGAUUUCCACAGCCAAAAUUUUGGAUUACAUCAAAUUCGAAUCCAGUAACUUGUGCAUGAUUACCGGAGGUAGAAAUUUGGGUCGUGUUGGUACCGUAAUUAACAGAGAACGUCAUCCUGGAUCUUUCGACAUUGUGCAUAUUAAGGAUGCUAAUGGUCAUGUGUUUGCUACUAGGUUAAACAAUGUAUUUAUAAUCGGCAAAGGUGCUAAGGCCUUUGUGUCCUUGCCAAGAGGUAAAGGUGUUAAAUUGUCCAUCGCUGAAGAGAGGGACAAGAGAUUGGCGGCAAAGACCCACUAAUGUUGUAAUAUUACAUCAUUUAUAUUAAAAAAAGUGUAAAAGAG